AUGAAGGGCAACACUCGUCAAGCCCCGCACGACAUGGAAAAGGGCCCACACAUCGUCGCACUGGCAAUCCACGGCGGAGCAGGAGGAACCACCACCCCCGACCUCCCCGCCGACCUCGUAGCCGCCUACCGCAACCGUCUUCGCACCAUCCUCGUCAACACUUACCAUCAGGGCCGCACAUCCUCACUCGAUGCGGUAUGUCACGCCGUCUCUCAGCUCGAAGAUACACCUUUGUUCAACGCAGGCAAAGGUGCGGUGUUUGACCUCGCAGGCCGCACAGUGUGCGAGAGUUCGUUGAUGACCACCCAGCCUGGGUUCCAUUCUAGGAAUGUUGCUGUGACGGGCGUGAGGCGGACCAAGAGUCCGAUUCUGCUGUGUAGAGCCCUGCUCGAGAACAAUGAGCAGCUGGGCGGGCAUGUGUUCUACUCCGGAAGGGCGGCAGAGGAGGUGGGGUGGAAGCAUGGCACUGAACGUGUCAGCAAGCGGUACUACUUUACCAAGCGCAGAUGGGUCGAGCACAAGAAGGGAAUCGAGACGAUGAAGCUUACCGAGCUAGCCCGCGAAGCAGACAUUUCCGAUGAAGAAGACGAGGUGGAAGCAACAAAGGCGAAUCCACCCGCGUACUCGACAUCACCUCUUCCAACGAGCACCAAGGCCGACCACGAAGACCUCGCGAUCUUUGACAGGUACGCACACUUAACCGACUUCCUCCCGCAAGGCACGGUCGGUGCCGUCGCUUUGGACUCGCACGGUCAUCUUUCGGUAGCCACCUCGACCGGCGGCAAGACCAACAAGUUCCCCGGUCGCAUUGGCGAUACUCCUUCUGUUGGGUCCGGGUUUUGGGCCGAGUCCUGGUCCGCAACUGCUAGCAAGCGACGAACUUUGCUUGUCCGUCUCAUGCGCUCCAUCUUUCCACGUAGCUCAAGCUCCAAAUCCACCUCGGACGCAGGGCUAGCAAUCUCAGGCACGGGCGACGGCGACUUUUUCCUCCGCGCCAACUUCGCCUCGUCCAUCGCGCACAGGAUCAAAUACGGCAGCGCUCCGACGGGCGAAGCUAUCAAGUCGGCCAUCGAUGAGCUGGCGGACAUGUUUGGGAGCAAAAAGGGCGUAGGAGGUGCGAUUAUUCUUGACAAGCAGGGGAACGCCUACUUCCCGCUUGCGGCAAGCACUAUGAACCGAGGGCUUAUUUCGGAGGCUACAGAAUUCCUGCCGAGGGUGGCAAUUUUCGAUGAUGAGAAGAUGGAGUAA